CAAGUGCACCAAGCAAAGCGGAGCUGGCGAUGGAGCUAUCUGUGGUUCGAAAUGGGCUGGAAACUGGAACAUGGACUGCCCCGGAAAGGCCUAAGCAUGUCAACAUUCGGCUCAAAAGAGCUAUUCACUCAUUCCCUUUAUAGCAGUAUUGGGAGGAUUUGUGAUGAAGUAUGAUGGGUGUCAUUCCCAUAAUGCCCUUGAUGAUAGGUUAUUUUGUUUAUACAGUUGAAUGUGAUAAUUAUAUCAGAGUUUGUAUACUUUGAAGCCACGAUCUAGCCUAUUUCUUGUUUCAUGAACUGCGCUAGCCGCUUUUAGCUAGACCGAAAUUGAUCGCCCCCAAAGCCCCUCUAGAUGACAGUUGUAUUUCCAUAGCGGUGGUCUUGAAGCUCAUAACUUGCCAGUCAUGUCGACAAUCACCAAGCGCAAGCGUGCCAGGAAGGCAUGUAUCCCAUGCCAUCAGCGCAAGCGAAAAUGCGACACCAUGUAUCCUUGCGACAUGUGCACCACCUACGGAUACAACUGCAAAUACACCGACGACAGCACAACUGGUGCUAUACCCACUCCGCCCCCAGCCAAGCGCGUAAGCCUCGACAGUGAAAGUCGUCUGACGAGCCGGUCUCAUAUGGAGCGAGACCGCCGCGAAGGCGACGGCUCGUCGACGAAGAGUCCCCUGGCCGGCGCGUCCCCGGGCAUCUUCGACGCGCAGAAGUUCAGAUACUCCGGGGCAUCGGCAGCCAUGGCGUUCCCGCACAUUCUGGGUGUGGCUCUCGGUUCCGACAGCCCUCCAAAGACGCGGUCGUUUGCUUACAACUUUGGCAUUCGCCCCGAGGAGGCAUCAAACACUCACUGCUUUCUGGGAGAUCUCAUCUCGGUGGAAGACCUGGGCUUUUUCUCGGGUGUGUACUUCGCAGUAUUGGGUCCCAUCGGCGAUGUGAUGGACCCUAGGAUCUAUGGUCAGCGAUGUCAAGAUUAUUACCACGGUUCGGGCAGCAACGGGGUGGCCUUUGCCGCCGUGGCCGCUGGUGUCGCUGCUCUCGGGUCAUUCCUCUCUGAUAAAAGACACCCGCGGGAGUCUGACUUGGUGCAGUACGCCAAAGCCAUCCUCGAUGAUCCGUCCUCAAUGCGUUUGCAUGGUAUCGACCACAUCGUUGCGUGGGGCAUGAGGGUGCUUUAUCUCCGAGCCACCACCCGGCCCAGCAAUGCUUGGAUCGCUUCGUGCACGCAAAUGCACCUCUGUGAAGCAAUAGGCCUGCAUGAGGAGGAGAACGUCAAGAAGAUAGCAUCUAUCUCUAGCGCCGCUGCCCUUGGGCAUGAUGAGGACCGACUGAGGAGAAUUUUUUGGAUCUCAUGGGCCGGACAUAACAUGCUGUCCUAUGAGUACGACCUUUCUCCUGUAGCAUUUCGGACCGUGACUUGCCAGCCGAUCAUCGCGAAACCAAAUUCCGUGGCCGAUCAGUUUGUUCAAUUGAUCCAGAUCAUUCCAUCGCCCAAUUCUCCGUUCCAGCACGAAUUGCAGCACCCAAGUCCGAGUGAGGGGCUAUUUCAGCGUCUCAAGGCGCUGGACGAGCUCAACUUCACCCAUCCGUUCCUGGUGGUGACCAAGGCAGACAUUGCGUUUUGCUUCUAUCGACGCCUUUACCAGCUCAAGAUCCGCCUACCGGACGAAAUCAUUCAGCUCAUCAUAGAUAGCGGCAACGCCGCAAUAGAAGCGGCCGAGCAGCAGGCUAGCAAGGGUCAUCUGUUCUGGAACGUCAUCGGCAGCGUCUUCCAGUAUACCUGCAUCCUGCUGGCCAUCGACACGCCCGCGGCCUCCGCCCACCUCGGCGCUGCAUUCAAGGGUUUGGAGAACCUGGUCAAGGCUGCCGAUACAGGACUGACCCGUGAGGCGUUGUCGAUGGCGCGCCACUUACUCAGCCUUAAUAUGGCAAAGAAGCGAAAGGAACUUGCUCAGCUGGAAGCUGUCGAGGCGGGCUAUGAAUUCUUUCAGGAACCGGCAUCUGAGGUCAAUACUGCGGUCCCAGACAUGGACUGGGGAGUGAACUGGGAUCAAUUCUUCAUCGAGCCGUAUUUGUCCAUGCUUGGUGCUGAUAUCUAGUUGUAGGGAGAUUGAUUCACUCUAG